UUUGGAAAGAGACACAGAGCAGUGAAGAGAGAUCCUAACUGUCCAGUGGUCAUCAGAGGCUGGCUCUACAAACAGGAUAGCUCAGGACUGAAGCUGUGGAAAAGAAGAUGGUUUGUCUUGUCUGACUUUUGUCUGUUUUAUUACAAAGACAGUAGGGAGGAGUCUGUUUUGGGCAGUAUCCCUUUGCCCAGCUACAAUAUUCUCUUCUGCACUCCGCGAGAAUGCAAGAACAGAAAAUAUGCCUUUAAAGCGGUGCACCAGGGAAUGCGCUCCUAUGUCUUCAGCGCUGACACUCAGGAGGAUAUGCUGGGCUGGGUCAGAGCUCUCAGUCAGUCUGCCUCCAUGGAAACAGAGAGCUCCCUCGGCAGGCGUUGCUCCAGCUAUCAAGAUUUCACCAGGAUGGGGGGCAGCAGCGAGUCACUGGAGCUUCCCCAAACACCUUCUCUGAGAAAUGGUCCAACCCAGAUGUCAGUGCCAGGAAACGGACUGCAGAGUGAAUCAAGCCACCUGGUGGGAGGAAAAAUGGGGACACCGCAAAUGGAACAGCGGGGGAAACAAAAGAGACAGAGUCCAUCACCCAGGACAUCAACUCCCACAAACUCUGGUGGGCAGCGGAAGCGUGGCCAGUCUCUGACUCAGGAAGGAGCUGAGCAAGACCAUCUCCCCUUCAACUCCCCUCAUCAAACACCACCCCAAACCAUGAAAUCUAUUGGAACCAGGCCUUUGACACCUAGGUGUCAACUAGGAUCGCGACCCCACACUCCAGUUGGCAGAGUGGACAUUCGACCUCAGGAUGACCCUCUGAUGUCACCUCAAACUAUAGGCUCCACCCCACCGUCUCCAAACCUGGAUUUUAGCUCAGAUUCCUUCACCCCAACCUUGGAAAAACGGCACAUGCUGAACAGGCCCACUCCCAUGUUCUCCUCGCCGCAUCACAUCUCCACCACGAGGAGAGCCGCAGGAAAGCCAUCAACCUCUGACCUCUUCCAGGAGAGGGAUCAACAGCAAAUGAGGCCACCAGAGAGUGAUGUUGAUGCUGUCCUGACUAGGCUGUGUGGUUGUGACAAGCUGCUCCAGUCUCUCUCGAUAGAGCUGGCCCAGCUUCAGGCAGACAAGGACAAUGUGCAGUGCGCUCUCGAGAUGGCUAGACUGCAGCUGGAGGAAUGGAAGAGUCAAGGGUUCAAAGGCCAAGGUGUCAGAGGGCAGGAGGGGCUGCUGUCCCAGAAGGCUUUGCUCCAGGAAGACCUAGUCACAAUCCGAGCCAGAAUGUGUGAUGUAUCAAUGGAAAUGGAGAAAGUGUGGAGCCAGUAUGAACGGAUGGAGAGUGAGCUGUCUGUCCUCCGUUCACAUCUCCAGCACAUCUGUCGCUUUGGGAGGCCCCAAGAGCAGUCUCAGGCACAGAGGGAACUGUGGAUGAUGGAGGACAUCCUCUGUGGCCUCAAGACCAACAGGAAUCAUUUCCGGGUUAUGCUGGGAUCGUCAAGACAGAUAGUGCCCUCUCCAGUGCUACAGAAGUCAUUCCUCCACGCCGGCAUCCCUGGCCCACAAAUAGAUGGGUUGCAGAGUGAAGUACCUAUGGGAGUGGAGUCAGAGCCUCCACCCCGGCCCCCUUUGCCUCAGGAGCUGCAGGAAACCAGUCAGGGCAGAGAGGUGGGACAAGGCUGGCUGGAUAGCGAAUCAGAAUUGGAGGCUCUCAACAGCGCUCUGUCCUCCCAUCAUCGGUCAGAUCGAUCAGGAAACAAUAUGUCUGCUCCAGCCAGAGACAGAAAGAAAUCUCAAACCAUGCCAGCCUCUCUGCCUGGUGUUACUGCCUCCAGCUGGUCAACACCAGAUACUGCAACCAAGAGAGUGAGGAUGAGUGAGGAGGAGCAGAGAGAGAGGAUAAAAAGAAACCAGGAAAGGAUGGCCGGUCAAAAGAAAGCAGCAAUGCCUAGUGUCACAAACCACACCCAGUGUCAAGGGUCAUCUCCUCCCAGAGAAGAGCCCCCCUUUCCUCUCAGAGUGACACGAGUACUCACUGCUGUUUUGCCAUCCACUCUGGUUGCCAGACGCGUGUCUGUUGAAGACCCCCCUCCCGAGCUGGCCACUCCAUUCUCUGAGCAAAUAUCUCCUGAGUUACAUCAGCCAAUAGCUGAGAAAAACAAAAGGCUGCAAAGCAAACAUGGAGAGGGCUUUCUUGAGAGGCCUGAUCAAAAUUCUAACUGGUUAUCCACAGAAAUGCCGGAGGAUUGGCCUCACCAAAGGCUAACAUUGUCCUUUCAAGAGUCAUCAGAAAUGUCAGAACAGAAAUCAAAUCAGGAUGAGGAAUUUCCUGCCCUGAACCAGCACACUCUUCAAGAGGAUGGCUCUCCUCCACUUUGUAACCAAAAAUGUGUUGCGUCCUCCACCGGCCAAACAAUGGAUUUACUGGAGGGAAUGUCAAAAUCCACAGAGGCAUCCAGCAAAGAGCCUGAAAAGGCUCCCCGACCACACAGGCGUGACUUUUCAGUGUCGGGAAAUGGAUGUUUGGCCUCUGAUGUCAGACCGAGAGAAGAGGAAGGUGGUCCUGGCUUCGCUGGGGCAAUGUUGGGAACUGGCAGGAGGGAGAAGGUUGGAGGUCGCGCCCCCUUUCUGGUUUCUGACAUUGACCUUGAGUCUGACCUAAGCCUGACACCAGAGCAAAGGGAGGCAAAGCUGAGACGAGUGGAGAGGAUCAGAGAAAGAGUAAUCAGAAGUGCAGUCAGAGAGAGCAAUGUGCAGCCCCAUCCUCCACAGGCAGGGGGCUACAAAGAGAAAUUCAUCAACCGCUCUUUCACCCUGGCCAAUGAGGUCAAAAAGAGCAAGGAAAUGGCAGCUCUCUCAGGAGGUGCAGAGGAAUGCUGCUAUGCUGAACGAGUGGAAUGUGAUAGCUGUUGCCAUAGUGACAGGGAUCCUGACCUUAGCAAUGGUGUGACAACUGAACCCCACCCCUCCCAAAUCCUAAAUGCAAAUAAAGGAGGAGGAGACAAGAACGGUGACCAUUCCGAUUUUAAAAUAGUGGCACAAAUGCCUCUUGAUCACAGUCAUAAUACUGACAUCACCAGUAGCCACAGUAGAGGUGUUCCCCGGAAGCAUUUCAUUUCAACCAAUCAUAUCACCAAGCUAACUGUGUUUCCAACCAAUAGGAGUCUGGAAUGUACUCAGAGUGGUGAUGCUUCCCAUCUGAUCCAUCAUGACAGACAUGAAUCAAAAUUGGUGGAGCAAACUGGAGUUGAUCAGAAUGAAAGCCACUUUACAUCCACCAACAGGAGGGCAGAAUGGUUCCUUUCUACCAGUCAGAGGGUAGAAUACAUACCUUUAUUUUUUAAUCACAAUGUGAAAUCAUUGUGUAGUGAAAAGUCCACUGAUGAAGACCAUCAGAAUGCAACUUGUGACUCUACAUGGCAGCAUACGGUUACUAAUGCUACUUCAGAGAGUCUCUCAUCCCCAGCCCAGGACAGUUUAGAGGAGCCUAUAUCUUGUGUAUUUCCUGACGUUUCUGAGAAAAUAGAAAGUACACCGAUACAGGUCAUAGCCAAUCAAUCCUCAUCUCCUGAACACCUACCCAAACACAUCUAUGGACAGGUUCUAGAAAAAGUAACUAAUGAAAUUAAAGAAUCAGACAAACCUGACAUGAAUAUUUCAGAGCAAACAGGUCCCAGUGCUCCUAAAAUACUGCAAGACGUUUCAGCCAGUCAAAUUCAACACUGUGAUUCCACUGAUAAUAAGGAUUGCAGCCCCCCGGAAUUUUCAAUGAAUCAGAUAACUCCAUAUGCAACAAUCCAUUUUGUGUCACCCACUGGCACCACAUCCAAUCAGAAUGUUGAUGAUAACAAGGAGAUCAUUUUAGCCAAUGAGACAGAAGAUCCCCACGCAUUAAAUCCCAGUGUGUAUCCCACACUUUCUGAUGGUAAAAAUUCCCUUUCCUCCCCUAAACCAACAAACGAGUUGCACAUCUAUGAGGAAAUAGCAUAUGAUGCCAUUUCUUCCAAGGUACAAGCUGAUCAAAGCAAAGAAUGUCCAUUGACACUUAAUGAGCUCUCUUCAUCCAAUCUCAUUUUAUCGAGACAUACCAAGGUGUUUCCCACCGAUCUGGCUGGACAGAAUAAUGAAACAGAGACGGAAAUAGGAAAUGGGACAGUUAAUUCAUUUGUGAUAAAUAAAACACCCAGUGAGGUGCAGACAGAGUCAGAGGCAACUAGUGAGUGCCAUGAAUGUGGAGAAGGGAAGGGAAACAUAGUGCGACUUAGGAGGGAUCAGGCCAAUUCCAACAGUAUGCUCAAGGAUGUAAUGGAAGAUCUGAAUUCUCCAUUCACUAAGGCAAGGGUGACUGUGGUGAGGACUAGUUUAUGAAAGAGAGAGAGAGAGAGCGAGAGAGAGAGAGAGAGAGAGAGAGAGAGAGAGAGAAGCAAAGAAAGAAGGAAAGAAAGAAAGAAAACAGUAUAGGUACAACCCUGAUCCCAGAUUAUGUUAGAGAAAGUCUGAGCUGAGAAAAUGUGGAAGUGAUGGAAAGAGAACGCAUGUGAUUGUGGAGAUAUACAGUGAAGGAGAUUGCAAGGCUAUGACAAGGAAAGUAGUCAGUGCAAAUUGACUGACACUACAUGUGGAGGGUGAGAGAGAAAUGACUCACAAGAGGCAAUGCCAACACAGAGUCAAAUUCCCAUUGACAAUGUUCAAUUUCAGCAAGAUGUGAGGCCAACGCCCCAUAUUUCAGCAACAGUUUUCUGAACUGACUUAACACUGAAAACCUGCAAUGGA